AUGGAUUACUCCCACCUUAGCGCGACCACCGCGGACAAACUUCUGGGCGAGGAAGCGACGCUAGCGCAGCCCAACAGCUACACGUGUUUCACGUGCAAGCAUGUCUUCCCCUCCGCCUGGCUGCUGGUCCAGCAUUGCCAGAACCUGCACGGCGUCAAGAUCUACGUGGACGCCAACAUCAGCGCGACGGGAGCGCUCUUUCCCCUGGUGGGCGGCGGCCGGUCUUCCGUCACGCCUCCCCUGCUACACCGGCCGUCCUCGGCGCAGCCCUCCGUCGGCGGGGUGUCCAGCGUGCCGGCGCCCACCCCGCCCACCCCUGUGGGGUCUUCGUCCACGCCGUCGGCGAGGUCUACGCCGACGUCGUCCACGGAACCCGCACCGCAGGUGACGUCCACAGCCGGCCCCGGCGUCCCGUCGCUAGCCGGCGUCGUGGACCCUGUGGCCGCGGCGCAUCCGGCGCUCCAGCUCCUGCGGAUGCCGCUGUCCGAACGCCAGUUCGCCGCAGGCGCAGCGGCGGCUGCGGCGGGCCUCUUCGGGAGGGCUUCUAGUCACGACUUCCGCGUGGGCGACCUCCUGGCCGACCAGCUGCGGCCGCAGGUUCCCCUCCCGCCCGUCGCCCCGGCGUCCUCGUCGACGGCGGCGGCGUCCACGCCACCGACGACCGCUCCGUCGUCCUCUUCCGCCGUGGCCGCUACAGGCUCGACAAGUCGCGACGGCUUCCGACCGUCGGCGACACCGCAGAGCACACCGCCGUUCGGAAUUCCGGCGAUCGAGCCCCAGCUGGACUUCUACUCCCAACGACUGCGGCAGCUGGCGGGCGCAUCCAGUCCAUCGGACGCGGCGACGGGUAGCGCCAACGCCCCUCCGUCACCGCGCAAGCAGCUGACGCCACCGGCGUUCCCGGCGUCGGGCGCCGCGACCUCGACGACGGGAGCCCCGCUGACGCCCACGGCGACGUCCGCACCGUCGGGCCUCGCCAAGGCGUCGUCGGACGGAACGCCGUCCUCGCGCGUGGCGUCCCCGAAGCUCAAGUCGUGCGAGUACUGCGGGAAGUCGUUCCGCUUCCAGAGCAACCUCAUCGUGCACCGGCGGUCGCACACGGGCGAGAAGCCGUACCGCUGCCACAUCUGCAACCACGCGUGCACCCAGGCGAGCAAGCUCAAGCGACACAUGAAAACGCACCGCAGCUCGCCCGGGUCGGGCAACAACACGAGCGUCGAGUCGGCCCGAUCCACGCCGGACGGCGCAGGUGGAGGCGGCGGCGGUCCGAGGACCAACGGUGACGACGGCUCGGAGGACGGCGCCGCGUCGUGCGAUGAGGUCGAGGACGAGGAAGAGGAGGACGAGAUGGACGAGGAAGAAGAGGAGGAAGAGGAGGAGGAAGAAGAAGAGGAGGAAGAAGAUCUGGAUGACGAGAGCGGCGCCGGAGGCGCCGACAGGGCCGAGGACCUGACGGUACGGGGCGGCGGCGGGACGGGCUCGUCGGUGGGCCCGUCCGAGCGCAAGUCCCUGCUGGGCGAGGUCAUGGAGAAGAUCGGCCUCACAAACAUCCAGCAGUACAGCGAGGCCUACCGGCAGGCGCUCGAAGAGAGCGGGACCCUGCGCAACGCCGUCAAGCAGGAGCGACCCGGGUCGGCCGUGCCCAGCACCGACACGUCGAUGGCCGAGAACGGCUCCGACGUGGUCGGCAGCAAGUCGCUGCCGCACACGGCACUCGACUUCGGCGGCAGCCUGCUGGGGGCCUUCGACGGUGACUCCACCAGCAAGAGGCUCAAGCUAGACCUGGCCGCGGCGGCGGGAGAGCGCGACGUCUUUCCCGCCGGUCUCUGGCUGCCCUCGAUGGCCCACCGCGACUUCUACCUGGGCCUCCACCAGCAGGGCGCCGCCGACCUGGAGCAGCGGGCCAAAGAGCUCAAGCUGGGCACGCUGAGCCCACGCCCCGGUCCGAGCGGCGCGGCUGCUGCGCUGGCCCUGAUGGGCUCCCACCUGGGCAGGCCCAAGGACCGGCGCAACGACACGUGCGAGUACUGCGGGAAGGUCUUCAAGAACUGCAGCAACCUCACGGUGCACCGGCGAUCGCACACGGGCGAAAAGCCCUACAAGUGCGAGCUCUGCAGCUACGCCUGCGCGCAGAGCUCCAAGCUGACGCGGCACAUGAAGACCCACGGGCGCGUCGGCAAGGACGUCUACCGGUGCCGCUUCUGCGACAUGCCUUUCUCGGUGCCCAGCACGCUGGAGAAGCACAUGCGCAAGUGCGUCGUCAACCAGAACGCCCAGUCGCUGGACUCCGACUCGAAGGACAUGACGUGACGCCGCAGCCGCCGAGGUCGUCCUUCGUCGACGUCGCUGGCGUCGCCUCGCACAGGACUCGUGGGGCCCGCCACCGCUGCCGCCCCGUUCGCGUCGUGGCGCCGAGCGGCCCUCGGACAGCCCUGGGUCGCGUCUCUUCUGCACUGAAGACACUUUUGAGGCCGCCGUAACGUCGGUGACCGACCUUCUCGCAGUGGUAGCCCGUCGUUCCCAGCCACCUCUCCUCCCCAAGUCAUCACGAGUCGCGCCGCCCGUACGUUGGCGCGAGCGUGUGUGUGUGUGUGCGUGCGUGCGUGCGUAUCGUAACAUCAUCCAUACUCUCCCGGACUCAUCACCGACCUCCACUGUGGUCUCCUCUGCGCGCUCUGCUUGCUUCGUCCUCACGGACUGGUCCCCCAUCUUUCAGCGCCAGAGCUGGCGCCUUCUCUUGCCAGCGGUAUGGUUACGUCGCUGGUUUGCUUUGUUUUUCGUCCACUGGCUUCUGAGAGACUGUAAACGGCUAAAGCCUGUCGAUCGUGGACCUACCUGAUACCCGCAGUGGUAACAUGUGUUCAUAUCCCUG